GUAGCUCACAGUACCGACACCACCACCAUGAACCGUCACGUAGCUCUGCUCCUCUGCGCCUCCUUGGCGCUCGUCGCGGCCGCCGAGGAGAAGUACCCGGCCACGUUCGACAGCCUGGACCUGAAGGAGCUGCUGUCGGAUGAAACUCGAGUCCAGGAUGCGAUGCGCUGCCUGCUGGAAGAAGGAGACUCAGCGUGCAGACCCGCCGGGAAGGCGCUCAAGGAGGUGCUGCCCGAAAUAGUGCGUACAGACUGCGCCAAGUGCACUGAGACACAGCACAAGAAGAUAGGAGUUUUCUUCGGAGAGGUUUCGCGCCGCCACCCAGACCUCAUGAAGAAGCUGCUGGACAAGUACGACCCAUCUGGAGAAUACAGGAAGAAGUACGCCAAGUCCUGGGCCGAUCUGCGCCCCCCGCUCUCUUCUCCGGCAGCCCCAGCGCGAUACGUCGCCACUCCAGGCCACGCCAGGCCAGCAUAUAAGCUGCGCCACCCGUCACUGCGGCACAGUCGACAACAGGUAGCUCACAGCACCGACACCAGCAGCAUGAACCGUCACGUAGCUCUGCUCCUCUGCGCCUCGUUGGCGCUCGUCGCGGCCGCCGAGGAGAAGUACCGGCCCACGUUCGACAGCCUGGAUCUGAAGGAGGUGCUGUCGGAUGAAACUCGAGUCCAGGACGCGAUGCGCUGCCUGCUGGAAGAAGGAGACUCAGCGUGCAGACCCGCCGCGAAGGCGCUCAAGGAGGUGCUGCCCGAAAUAGUGCGUACAGACUGCGCCAAGUGCACUGAGACACAGCACAAGAAGAUCGGAGGUUUCUUCGGAGAGAUUUCACGCCGCCACCCAGACCUCAUGAAGAAGCUGCUGGACAAGUACGACCCAUCUGGAGAAUACAGGAAGAAGUACGCCAAGUCCUGGGCCGAGCACGGCAUCCACCUCUAAUCACCGUCAU